UCUUCACCUCACGUGCUGACGCAGCCUAACGCUACAUGACGAACAGACGUUAGCAUCUUAGCUCCCACUGCUAGCUUAAGUCUUGUCGUUUCUCAGACCGGCACCUCCAUGGACGCCAGGAAGAACCGAACCCCCGCGCUCCCCGACCCCAGCGGCUGGCCCUCCCUGUUCCUACGGCAACCGCCCCGGGUCCUGAUCGUGGAGGCGCUGCCGCCCUGGUGGUCCCAGACGGGCCCGGUGCUCUGCGAGGCCCUGGACAACUUCCUGUCCCUGGCCUGCAGCGUGGCGGGCCCCUGCCGGGUUCCCCUGCUCUCCCUGUACGCCGUCAGCAGGCAGCAGGAGUGUCUGCUGCCCUUUGUGCACCUGAGCGGUAACCUGCCCAGGCUGCGCAGCUGUGUGGAGGAGCUUCGGUCCCUGCCUGGGGAGGGCUGCGUGAGGGCCCCACCUCGAGGUGCCUGUGGAGGUGGAGGAGGAAGAGGAGGAGGAGGAGGAGGAGGAGGAGGAGAGCUCCUCAGGCAGGCCGUGCUGGACUGCCUGCAGCAGUACAACCAGUACACCAGACACAUGUCUGCCGGCAGCGGCACCAGCAACAACACGUCUCUGGAGGUUACCGUGGUGACCAGCCAGCCGGGGCGGGGCGUGGUGCGGCGGCUGGAGGCGGGGCUGCGGGGCGUGGACCUGGUGUCCCUGCGGCGCCUCCUGGUGUUGGAGAUCAGUAAUGCAGCGGGGGACUGGGGGCGCGUCUCCGGCUCCCCCGAGGAAAAGAGCUCAGCGGAGGAGGAGUCGCUGAUGCUCGGGACGGAGAUGGACCUGCAGCGAGUGGACAACAGCACGGUCGCCGUGGAGACGGUGCUGAAGUCCUGGCUCCAGGCCCAGGGGGGCGACCGGGAGCAGCUGAACCUCGUCCUGCCCGGGGGGGCGGACAGAGACAGCCCAGUAUACAUAAAGUGUGACGUGCAGGAACGUCUGCUAAGCCCCGCCCUCCUCCCGCUGACCCUAAACAUUGGCCCAAAGACCGAGAGCGCCGGAGAUCUCCCGCCCCCUGCCAAGGGUUCGGCCAAUCAAAACCCUCCGCCGCCAAGACUCACAGCCGUCAAGACUCUGCGCAUGGAGGGCGUGUGUGAGAGCGUGAUGUACGGCCUGCCCAUGGUACUGCGGCCCACCUCCUGCUGGCAGCUGGACUGGGACGAGUUGGAGAGCAACCACGAUCUGUUCCACGCCCUCUGUCACACACUCAGGAGCCGGGAUCUGUUCCUGCUGGUGAGGUCCGAUACGGCCCGUAGUCCUGCCGCCCCCCGCCCAGGCCUCCAGGCCCACUACGUCCUCCAGGCCUCCCCGUUCUCCUCCCUCCUCCUGAAGCCGGUGGUCUCCAGGGAGCUGCUGCUGCCCUGCCCCCUGCCCACGUCCGCCCAGGACCCCCGGCCUGACACCCUGCACGCCAUACAGGGCAGUCUGGCCCAGCUUGAUGAAGACAGUGUGUUCAACCCUCUGUCUGUGACUAGUAACCUGUACCAGCACCUCAAGAACCGGGCCCUUCUCUCUCGACCCAAGUACCCCUACAGAGUACCUCAAGCGGCCAGAAGAGACCAGCCUCUCCCACCAGAGGGCGCCAAAGCCUCACACAUGAGGCCGCCCAGACAGCAGGGUCACCUGGGCCCCCCCCCCACCCACAAGGUCAGAGCCACGGUGGCCCCCCUCCCGUCCUCGUCCUCCUUCGCCUCCUGCCAGGGGCCCCCUCCCUCCAAGGCGUCCCGCCCGGCCCUCACCUUCCUCAGCAGCGGGGGCCGGGCCCCUAGGGCGCCCCCUGUGUCCUACACUGAAGAGGAGCGCGACCCAGAGGAAGAGGAGGACUUUCUAAUGCCUCUGUGAAGGGGGAAACACACAACACACGCAUGUGUCUGUGUCUGUGUGCGUGUACGUGUGCGUGUGUGUGAGAACGCACAGAUCUGACAGAGACAGAACCCACGCAGUGUUCGGUGUGAAGCCUUUUAUAUCCUGAGCCACCGCUUCAAAGAGCUUUUCUCUUACUGUUAGAAAAGACCUCAGAACUGGCUCGCGUACACACACACACACACAUACACAUAAACACACACACUCGCACAAACACACGUACACAUGCACACAUAC